AUGGCUUCGAUCCAGGAAUCUCUGUGGACCUUCCGAGCAGAGCAGGAGGCUUUGGUGGCAACUUUGUCGAGCCUGGUGCAACAAGUGGACCUCCUGUGCGAGACCGCCGAUCCCCGGCUCGCCCGGGAGGCAAGACGGAAGGGCAUGAAAUACUCGGCGAAGCGGGCUGAGAGCGAGUUCCUCUCCUCUACAGACAUGGAGGAUUAUGCCAUCUCUACGUAUUUGACCAGGAUCACAGGGGCCAUGCAGGAAACCGACGACGACUCCGGCAGAGAAAAGGACGAGUUGGCUCCUGCCGACACCUGCAUGGAUCGCUGGAGGGCUCGAUGUCAGUGGUUAUUAGCGCUGUAUCCUUUCGACUACUGCAUGGGUGUAGUUCUACUCGUCAACUCAAUUUUCGUUGGCAUCGAAGUUCAGACUGGACUGGUGAAUCAAGAGGCACCAACCUGGGCGCUUCCAUUGGAUAUCUUAUUUGUGGGGUUGUACCUUGUCGAGAUUACGAUACGCCUCGUAGGUUGGGGCUGGCAUUAUUGCUUCACCGAUGGUUGGUUCGCCUUCGAUUUCGUCUCGGUGGUACUCGGGUCUGCCAGUAUCGUCGCACAGCUGCUGGGCCCUUUAAUUGGAAGUCCAGAGCUCCUCUCUUUCUUGAACUCAGUGAUCGUGGUGCGCUCCCUGCGCCUGUUGCGGCUCGUCCGAGCCCUGCGCAUGUUGCGCUGGUUCCGGACGGCAUGGAGGCUUGUCUUCGGCCUCCUUACCUCCGGGACUACCAUGACCUCCACACUGGGCCUUGUCUUGCUGACGCUCUACGUCUCGGCCUGCCUCGGAGUGGAACUUAUCUCCAAGGACCCCGUUUUGAUAUCAGACCCGACCACAGAGUUCAUCGUGGAGCACCACUUCGGUUCCCUCACCAUGACUAUGCUGACCUUGGCUCAAUUCGUGACACUGGACUCCAUUGCCGCAAUCUACAGGCCCUUGGUUUACCACAAGCCAGUUCUGGUCGUAUACUUCUCAGGCAUUAUCCUGGUGCUAUCCAUUUCCUUAAUGAACCUGGUGACAGCUGUGUUGGUGGAAGGAGCGUUGGAGAACGCUCAACAUGAUCGAGAGCUCAAGCGGCACGUUUUGCAGGAGAAGCUGAGAAGAGCAGCGCCGAAGCUGUCUUCAAUGUUCGAAUCGCUGGAUGUGAACCAAGAUGGUACUGUGUCGCUAGAAGAGUUCAUGCAGAUGUCGGUGGAUGUCUUCCCGCAGGAGCUCUUUGACAACAGCAGUGUGUCCAGCUUGCAGGAAGUCUUUGAAAUUCUGGACAUCAGUGGCAAAGGCUUUCUCUCUCAGUCGGAGUUUGUGGAGGGACUGUUGAACAUGUUUUUGCUCGACGUGCCGAUUCAUACAAUUCAAAUUCUUCGGCUGCUCCGUAUCCUCGAGUCUCGCAUCAAUGGGCUGUAUGACGAGUUUCGAGAGCUUGGUGAUGGCAGCAUGGACACGUCGGAUGGACUGGGUGCAGCUGCCAAGAAGAAGGAGAUAUUCAUCACUCGAAAGGGUAGGCCUCCGCCCAGAGAGCAGGCUGUUGGCUCCGACAAUGUCGAGCCGACGAACCAGGUGUUCACCAACAACAUCGCAAUCAACCAGAUUGUGGCUGAACACUUAGCGAGCACAAAGAACUAG